AGAGGGUUUUGGCAAGAAUUUCCAAAAUCUAAGAGAACUAAAGAAUUGGUCUGUCUUGUGUGUUUUAAAUACAUUUGUGUAAGGUUGUGUAAAUAUCAAGAUUAGAGGUUUACAAAUUUUACUUUCAUUUUUAAGGGCAGGCAGGAGUGUUCAGACUCUAUAAAGCGCAACAAACAGAAGAGUGUUAUUCUUUAUUAGGAAGUAACUUCUCAAUCAGCUAGUUUUUUAACUGCCUUAUCUAGCUAGAAAUAACUUUCUGAUCAAGUUAAAAAUGGCAAAACUUUUUUGGGGCAAAGCAGCUUGCUUUUAAAAUAAAGAAAUCGGAUGCAAACUAACUUAUUAUAAUUUCAUUAAGAGAGCAGAAAGUGGCAGGAUUUAGAUUAGAGAAUUUCAAGAAACAGAGUUUGGACAGACCCUUAGUCUCUGUCCAGAACCUUUCCAUUGCCAUUCAUUUUUUAGUAAUGUUCUGCCCAAUCUUGGAACGUGCCCCGUCUUAAGACUGGCCAGGCCAAUCUUCCGACAGUGACAAAUGGGUGGCCAGUCUUAAGACUGGACUGUCCAAUCUAUGGACGUACAUGCCCAAUCUUAGAACAAUUGUGGAAGACAAACAGAACAAUAAAUUUUUUAGAAUUUACCUCUUAAUAGGAACUUUAAAUUGAAACUUUUCUUGGAAAAUCAAAAGGCCGAAAAUUUAUAUAUACCAUGUAUUUUAUGUAUAAAAAAUUGAAACUACUCAACCAUAUUAGCAUAGUCUAAUAAGGUUUUUCUUCUAUAGACUAUGAUAUUAGCUAGCUGGCUACAGCUCGCUAGCUAGUUAAACAUCUCAUCCAAUGAAAUUAACAGCUAGCUAACUAAUAAUAUGGUUGAAUACGAUUUUUCUGAUUCUUCAUAAAUAUAAACAUUUUAUUUUCAACAUGUUCAAUGUGUUUUAAUGUGCCUGAGAAUGUUUGUUGGGACUUGCAAAAAACAGAGCUCAUGUGGUACAUCCCUUCUCUAAAAUCUAAAAGGCGCCAAGGAUGGGUCUAACAUGGUCUUUUGCCCAAUCUUGUGACGCCCUGCCCAGUCUUAAGACUGGCCGGCCAGUCUUAAGACUGGGCAAUUUUAUGUCCAAAGAUUGGGCAGCGUCCUAAGAUUGGGCAGAACAGUAAUAUUUGUUGUUUGUUAUGUUGGCCUGUUGUCUUUCUUCACUUUUUGAGAGAAGAUUAUUUCACAUGUAUUUCUGGAUAUAUAUAGUUUGAAAAUUUAAAAAAAGAUUUUAGAAAAACAAAUUUUUUAAAAAAUGCAUCUUCUACAGAUGGUAUUAUUCUUUUUGUUACAUAAUUUAAUUCGCUUGCCGUUUUUUCAUUAUUUUUACAAUGUUAUGAUGGCCCUAUGGCGCACUGCUUUUCCAUUUUCCUCUUCUAUGACUCAAACAGCGCAUUCUUACUCUUUUAUUUUGUGUUUUGACACUUCUUUUCUGCAAUUAACACUUUUCUGCAUGUGGCCUAAAACUCUUCACAACUAAAUUUAAAAUUCUGACUUGCAAUUUUACGGCCAUUGUUUGUAUCUUUUUUUUUUACUUUCAGUGAAAAGUACACUUGCGUAACACGUGCUUAAUUUACCAAUAGCUUUAUACUGUUGCAUGUUCUGGUGCAUAUGCAUGAAUAAAAAAUAUCAUUAAUCAAUUCAGCUCAGCAGCAGAGUUGUUAAUUUAACAAAAAUAAUGAAUGGCAAAAUGUCUACCACAGUUUACAAAAUCAUAAAGGGACACUACGUCCACCCAGGAAAUUAUAAAGGAUAGUGAAUAUAUAUUUUUAUAAAGUUUAUGGUCCACUCAUAUACACAUAAAAUUUUGGGGAGUUAUUGAUUGCUAAGAACACAUGAUCUUGUUUCAUGACCAGGAGCGGGUAUGUCAUUUUUAAAGAUGUAAGUUAAAAAAAUCCAGCUUAAUCAAUAUUACGGACGGAGAAUUGGGUCCGGAAAUUUUUUGAGUUCAUAAAAGAGAAUGUUUCACACAUUAGGAAAGAAAUGUUUUUAACAGUUAUUGAAGGAGACAGAGAAGUGUUUUCACUAAAGAAAUGAAAUCUUUUUAUUAAGAAGAGAAGUGGUAUAUAGUUUGUAGUAUGUUAAAAAAAUAGAUUAGGGCAAGAAUAGACUUAAGAGCCUUUUUUCACCAAAUGUUUCUCCAAAUGAUUUUAUGUUUUUGUGUCAUGUUUAUUUCUUGAUUAAACUUAUGUGAAAGGGUAACAUAAAAAUAAAAUAAAAUUGCAUACUAUUUAUGUACACUAAUAAUGAAGAAGAAAAAUUUAAAAAACAAUAUUUUCCAUGAGAAACAGAAUAAAUUUUUGUAAAAUUAAAAAAAACAAUGAUUUUGUUAGAACGUUAUGCUCAUAUCCUGCAUGGUUUCAAAUGUGCAGGAAAUAACUUUUCUGGGGUAUUUUUAUAGCUUAACAGUGCAAUACUAUUUUUUAAGGUACCAUUGUAUUCACCGUAUUUUCCUGUAUAUAACCCACGGCUUAUAUGUUGAUUUUUACAACUUCCACUGUUGGUGCGGGUUAUAAUGUUGUGCGGGUUAUAUAUAUGAUAAGUUUUAUUUUUUCUCUCAUUUAUUGUGAAAUUUAAAAGUCUUUUGUGCGUUGUUUUUUCUUUAUUUGUUGUACCUUAUAAAAUUGUGCAGAAUGAAACAAAACAGACAUUGCGUAACUCGGACAGUAUAUGUGGUGGUCUGGGAAGAAAGUAGGGUAGAAAGUAAGGUAAGAUUAAUAUAACUGCAUGCGCGAUCCAAUACAUAGUAACCUUACUUCACCUAUGUGAUUUAAUUUUUUUCAUACAGUGAUGUGCUUCUAUUGCGAGCUCUUUCCAAAACAUGAAGCCAGAGAUCAUUUUUUAUUUUGUGUUGAAUAAAAUUAUAUAAACAUUAAAAAGAAUGUUCCAUACAUUGCUGUUACAGACAAUCCGUGAUAAUUAUUAUGUUGUUUAUUAUUAUUUUGGCAAUCAGAGACAAGGAAGCUAAGACCAAGAGAGUUGCAAGUUCGGACACUCGGUUCUCGUGUUUGGGGUUUUACAAGUUUAAACGUCCCCCACUUGUCUCCAGAUUGUAAAAAAGUGACACAGAACUAAAAAAAACGAAAAAGCUUUUUAAAAGUUUAAGAGCGAAGAACGGUGAUGGAAAGGUUUUUUAGAUCACAUUUUAAGAACUUAAGAACGAAGAAGGGCGAUAGAAAAGUUCUUUUAGAACGCAUUUUAAAAGUUUAAGAGUGAAAAACGGUGAUAGAAAUGCUUUUUUAGAUUGCCUUUUUUAAAAUUUAGGAAAGAAAAGCGGCAAUAAAAAUGCUUUUUUAGAUAGCGUUUAAAAAAGUUAAGAACAAAAAAAAACGCAAUAGAAAUGCUGUCUUAGAUUGCAUUUUAAAAGUUUAAGAACGAAAAGCGGCAAUAAAAGUUUUAUAUCGUUUUUUAAAAACUUAAGAACGAAGAACGGUGAUAGAAAAAUAAAAAAUUGAUCUAAGGUGUUCCCAGGCCACAUCUCGAUGGUGGUUUACUUUGUUACAAAGUGCCGAAAUUUUUGCAAACCGACUUUAAUUUUCCAAUUCGAAUCCUGAUGUUUAUAAAAUGAUUCAGAGUAAAACCACGCUGAUUUUUUUUCUUAACAGGAUGCGGGUUAUACAAAAGUGCGGGUAAGUAAAACUCACUGAUUGAAAUUUUAUGCGGUUGUACGAAGGCUCAGACUAUCUGAUAACAUCUGGUUUGUAACUCCCUAAAAAAGCUGAGCUGCAGGUUAUACGAUGGCGGGUUAUAUAUAUACCGGAAAAUAUGGUAGUUUCUGCAGUGCCAGUCAUGCAGUGUCAGUCAUCUCUUCUGAGAUAUAACCUAUCACUAAUUUGACGACACUUUAUAUUUCUUAUAUCAACCCUGUGAUCACAUUUUUUUAUUUCACUUUCUGACUUGUGUCAAACUUUAGAGGGGGUAAAAGCAUAUUAAAAUACUAAAUACUUUGAUUUUAGUUACUAUAUGUCCAACAAUGGAUUUAGUCCCUUACAUCUUAUACAUUCUGGUUAUGGAGAAAAAUACCUCAAUGCUCUGAAAGCUUUAAAAAAGCAAGGAAUUGAGCCUACAAGGGGCGAGUGGAAACCAGAUGAAUUGGAGCAGUUAGAUAAAAAUUUCUCAACAUUUGUUAAAGAAUAUAAAAUAAAGGAUUACGUUCGUUUGCUUACUCCAUUGGAUAAGAAUGAUGUCAAGUUCCGAAAAGAAACAAACUUUAAUUUACGUAUGUGUCAAGGUAUAAUGCGAACAAGACAUCAGGUUAGCAUUAAGGUGGUUCGAAAAUAUCUUCCUGUAAAGAAAGGGAGGUUAUCGGCUGCUGAGAAAAGAGAGCUAUUUCGUUUGUACAAUAUGUAUGGUAGGAAAUGGACGUUAAUUGGACGAUUGUUACAGCGACAACCCUUUCAUGUUGUAACAUCAUUUACUCAUAUUAGUCAGACAAAAAAUCAUGGGAGUUGGGGGAAAAGAGAAGAAUCAAAAUUAAGACAAGCAGUUAAUAGUUUUAUUUCUUCUGGGAAAGCAAUAUCUUGGAACGCUGUAUCCACUGCAGUUGGAACAAGAUCGUCAAAAACUUGCCUUGUUAAAUGGCUUAAUUAUACAAGAGACCAAUUAAACUGGAAUGAUCUUCAAGCAUAUAAAUUGAUAAAAUUGAUUCGUAAAAAGCAAUAUGGCAGUGAAAGUUCUAUUAAUUGGAAAAAGAUUGCCAAGUGGCUCUACAAUAAUAAAGGGUUUUCACUAAUGCUGCGAUAUAGGUUUCAAAAAAUGAAAAAAAAUGUUUCAAAGAUUGCUGAAUUUGAAGAAGUUGUGAAGGAUCUAUAUGUUUUGUAUAAAGAAAGAAAGCAUGAUUUUGUAUUACGAAACAUGGACAGUAAAGAAGUUAUAAACUCUUCAAAAUCUAAAAGAUGUAACAAAUAUGAAUCUAUGAAAAAUCACUCAAAAAUAGAUAUUUGCCAUCCAGAAUGGCAGGUUCUAACAUCAUAUGAAUUAAUAAAACUUAUUAAUGAAAGUUGUGUUAACGAUGAAUAUUUGAUUGAUUGGGUGGAGUUAUCAAAACAUUUCUUGAAUGUGUCACCAAACUGGCUAAAGUGGAAAUUUGGUGUAUUAAAAAAGGAGCUUCCCCUUUCAUAUUCUUCUGAAUUUACUGAUAUUAUUGAAGAAUUGUUAAAGUUAUAUGACGAUAGAGUUAAUGGCCAUAGUGACGAUGACGAUGAACUUUCGAUGAGUUACGUUAUUUCUUCUGAUGACGAUGAAGUUGUGGAAAUUAAAAAAAACAAAAAUAACAUAGAUGUCACUAUUGUUGAUUCAGAUGAUGAUUGGGAUGAGAUUUUGAGUGACACAGAAAUUAUUUCAAUCAUGUCUGAUGAUGACUAUAUGUCCAUUUCGAUGCAGGAUGAUGAUAUUGUCAUGUUGCCUGAAUACAAUAAAAAGAAAGAAAUACCAGUUUUGGAUAAAGAUACCAUCUGUGUUGAGUCAGAUAAGGAGGACAGUGUCACCUUAAACAAUAAAUCAAAACAAAAGAGAAAACGAAAAAGAAAGCAAAAUAAAAAGGUCAAGUCAAAAAAGACAAAAAUAAUAUGUAUUGACUAAUUUAGUUCAAUAAUAUUGUUCACACAUUACCCUUUUUUACAUUUUGCAAUUGUCUUCACCAUUUGUCAUGAUCAAGUUUUUUCAUAUUAAUACUACUUUAAUGACAAAAGUGCAUGAUUGAUCAGAAUAUUUGGUUAUAAGUACAC